AUGACACAAUGCUAUCAUAAAAGCGACCAUUACGUCAACUGCCUUAACUUUCACCCGGAGGGGGACCUACUGGCUUGCGGAUCAAUCAACGGAGAUAUUGAAAUAUUUAAAUUGGAUGCGUUGAAGAAUGAAUUGGUGAAAGAAUGGAGUAACUCUAGUACACAUUCCAACUCGGUUAGAAUCUCGACCUUUUCAAGCAACGGAUCAGAAAUAAUGUCGGCGUCAGCCGAUAGGACUGUCGCAGUGACCGACGUUGAUUUAAACAAGGUAAAAUGGGUCGGAAAAGGACACAAAGACCCUGUUAACUCAGCGUGUUACAUAAAUGACAAUAUAAUAAUCACCGGAGACGACGAGGGAGAAAUAAGAAUUUGGGACAAUAGAAUAAAGAGUAAGGCAGUGUCGAUAAUAAAGGAGUUUGAAGAUUGUAUAACAGACUUGUUAGUAAAGGAUAACGAGUUUCUAGUGACGUCCGGAGAUCAAAUCGGAUGCUUCGACGCCAAGAAGUAUAAAAUGAAGGCGAUUUCAGACAAUACAGAACACGAGUUUCUGACAAUGUCACUGGUGAAGGAAGGUAAAAAGGUGCUCUGUGGUAGCGCCACUGGCUCAAUAUGUCUUUUUUCAUACGGCUAUUGGGGCGAUUUCAACGAUAUUAUCCCGGUGAACAAGGAUACGGUGAACAAAAUUGUUAAACUUAAUGAGGAUGUGGUGUGCACUUGUGGCGAUGACGGCGAGGUUUACGUGGUGGAAGUGCUCCCAAACAGAGUAAUAGGCAAGUUGAGGGACUUCAAGGGCUCGAAUGACGUUAAGUCGACCGACUCCAUUGCCAUUAACAGCACUCAGACGCUACUAGCGUUUCUCGUGAACUUCGAGUACAUUCACCUAAUGGACACAUCUGAGGUUGAAAAGUUGUUAGGGAACGAGGAAGUCAACUUCUUCGACGCUAUUUAA